AGCAGGGAACCGCUGUCCGUGCCUGCGCUCCGGGAGGGUGACGGCAGGGCGACCCACCUCUCCUAGCCUUUCCCCGCCCUCGGUGACAGGCUGUACUCUAUUCCUGUCCCUCCCUCCAGAGGAACCCCCAACCUCUGGGAACCUCUGGGGGUCCCCUCUGUAGUCGGCCAGUCUUCGGAGGGCAAGGAAGAGCUUCUUGGUGGGUGAAGGAGAGACACAAAGAGGCCAGCCAUGUCGAACCUAAUGUAUAAUAAAAUGUGGCACCAGACCCAAGAAGCCCUCAAUUCUCUGCUUGACAAAGACUCUCAGAAGAUGACCGAACCACAGAGAAACAAGGUCUUAGUCUUCCAGAUGUUAGCCACCUUCUACAUAAAGUAUGUGCAGAUCUUCAGGAACAUGGAGAAUGUCUAUGACCAGAUCGUCCAUCCACAGAAACGCAUGUUGAUUCGCAAGGUCCUGGAUGGAGUGAUGGGUCGCAUUCUGGAACUGAAGAAUGAGAUGGUAGAGUUGGAAUUGACAGAGUUCCAUUAUUUUGACGAUAUCUUACAGGACCUGAAGUUGGCUCCGCAACAGUUGGAUGUCCCCAUACCCAGGUAUUUUUUGAAGGAGAGGUUGGAAGUCAUAAAAGGAAGAGAGAAGAUCCUCGCUCGGAUCUUAAAUGAAUGUGGAUUGAAUCUUCCCAGUGUGAAAUACACUGUAAAGAGCAUAGCAUUGGAAGAGGCUGUUAAAUUGAUCCAGAUCGCCGAGAGAGCAAGGCAGGGCCGCCUCAGGGCAUUGUUCAUGAAGCAGAUCUUCCUCCAGGAGUGCAGAGCCAAGGAGAUCAAGCUGCUGGGCCAGAGACUAGCUGACACCAGCCUGGCGGCCCUGCAGAUUCAAAAAGUUUGGCGAGGUUUCCAUCAAAGCAGGAAAACAGUGAAGGAAAGAGAAGAGGAGAUGAUAUUCCUGGGUAUGAAGCCACCCCCUCUCUUUAACGAAGUCAGCGCCGCCAUUGUCCAGUCUGAAAAAGUGGCUCACCUGCGGAAUGAGGUGCAGCUGAAACAUGAACAGAACUACAAGGAAGCCUUAGUGAGUAUCAAGGAGGAGCUGAAGUUGAUGGAAGGCCCGGACAUCAAGGAGCAUCUUCAGGACCAGAUCCGCCAGUGGUUCAUUGAAUGCAGGAAUUUAACGGGUACAUUUCCAGAAUACCCCAAUGAAGAAGACGGAGGCUCAGCUAUUAUAUUUUCCAACAAGACCCCGGAACAGGUUAUUGAGGAUAUCCUAGCCAGCCAAGAAGAAGAAGAAAAACUCAAAAAGAAAAAGAAAAAGGAGGAAAAGGAGAAUAAGCCGAAAAAAAGCAAAAAGGAGAAGGAGAGGAAAGUCAACAUGAAAGAAAAGGCUAUAAAGGAAGAAGAUGAAGAAUGGAAAAUGUCACCAAGCCUUUUCCUUCAACUGAUGGAGGAAGGGAAUAGCUUAUACAAAGACACGUGGAUGAAUAAGGAUGAAACUUGGAAUUUCCCUCAGGACUAUGACCCCGAAAUGAUCAAGGAGGAGAAGCGGAAGGAAUUAGAGCUGGAGAUAAGGGUUCAGGUUGAUGAGUUGAUGAGACAAGAGCUGAAAAACCUUAAAUUAGCUGUGAACAAAGAGAUAGAACACCCUAUCCGGGGGAAAAAAGGAAAAAAGCAAGGUAAAGGAAAGAGAGGCAAGAAGCGAGGGAAACGGGGAAAGAAGGACAAAGACCUGACAGCUGACAGGACCAUCGAGUCUCUCUACAAGGAGCUGGUUGAAGAAGGCCUGCUGAUCCAGGCUCUGAAGGUCAACCUGUCUGAUUACAUUGGUGAAUACAGCUAUCUGGGGACUACUCUUCGCCAGGUAGCCAUAGAGCCCAUGCCCUCCCUCCUGGAUGUCAGACAGCUCAUCACACUGUAUGGGAUCUUGCCUUUGGGGUCCCCAGAAGUGCACGAGAAAGCUCCCUUGGUGAAGUCACUGCUGUUGGCCGGGCCUCCAGGGGUAGGAAAGAAAAUGCUGGUCCAUGCCAUCUGCACAGAAACCGGCGCUAACCUCUUCAACUUGUCUUCCUCGAACAUCGCCGGGAAGUACCCAGGCAAAAACGGCCUACAGAUGAUGCUGCACUUGGUCUUCAAGGUGGCUCGCCAGCUUCAGCCUUCCGUGGUGUGGAUCCAAGACACGGAGAAAACCUUCUACAAAAAAGUCCCGCAGGCUGAGAAGCUGAAUGAACCCAAACGCCUGAAAAAGCACCUGCCCAAACUCCUGAAGCUCCUGAAGCCAGAUGAUAGGAUCCUGAUUGUGGGGACCACACAGCGCCCUUUCGACGCUGAACUGCAGUCCUUCUGCAGGGUAUACCAAAAGAUUAUUUUGGUUCCCCGACCUGACUACGCUUCCAGAUACGUUCUGUGGAAACAAAUCAUUCUCCGAAACGGAGGUGUGCUCACCAAUGCCUUGAACAUCAGCUGCCUGUCUAAAGUCACUGAUGGCUUCACACAAGGCCAGAUCGUCAAAGUGGUCAAGGAGGUGCUCACCGACCGCAGGAUCCGGCAACAGUCUCACAAGCCGCUCACCGCCGUGGAAUUCAUCACCAUCAUGACCACCAUGAACCCGGUGUACAAAGAGGAAGAAGAGAGCUUUAAGAACUGGUAUGCAAAAACCCCUCUCGGGAAAAAACGAAUCAUGUCCCUGUCUGUUGGUGGCGUCAAAGAAAAGGAGAAGGAUAAAGGAAAAAAGAAAGGGAAAAAGGGGAAAAAGAAGAAGUAAUUUCUCCCUCAGGAGCCACCCUGAGCAUCUUUGAGAUGGCGAUGGCCCCAGGUCAUCGGGGAGAGGCUCACCCUUGCCCACCUGGGGAAGCCCAAGGAGAAGCUAAGAUGCAAGCAACCAUCCCAGACACUGAAUGCUUGUUCAGUCAUCCUUUAGGAGGCUGGAUACCAAGUGAGGUGUCCUUUACAGCCAAUUCUACAUCUUGCCACUGUCCCUUAACUCAUGCAAAGUCUGUCUGUAAUUUAAGUUUGCUUUCUACAUACUCCACCCUCUCCCCAACUCUUGUCACUAUUAGCACCAAGACUAUAACUUAGUUAUGGCUAAGGAGGUCUCUCCUGUGGUGAGAGUACCAUAAUUGUAUUGUCAGUACACUAGCUGUUUAUUAACCCAUAUACAUUGUAUAUUUUAUUGCACAUAUUUUAAUACAUUAAUUAUUUGCUGUAGUAAUGAAUAUCACAUAAUGAAAUAAAGCUGUUGUCCUUGAA